GAAAGAGAAAUAAAACGAAUCCAAUUCCGUUUGGAGAGAGAGAAGAGGAGGUGGAGGGUGGCUAAAGAGACGAAAAUUACGGACUCCCUCUUCCCUCCUCCCCUGCCUCUGCCUAUCUUAACAACAAUGGCAGAAAUCAAUCCCCGAAUCAUCGCCGAUUCAUCCCAUGAAGAUGCUUCUGCUGCUGCUGCUGAUUCCGACGAAGAUUUACAACAGAAUCUCUUCUCACAGAACAAUUGUUUCCAUUGGUUCCCCUGUUUUGACUCCUACCGAUCAAAUUCCGGUGGAUGGGAAAGAAUCCCACCAGGAACAACAACAACAACAAACCCGUCGGAAAAAGAGAAGGAUCAGGAGAAAUGGUACCGGAACGCGUUCAUGAAGUUACGAGAAUGGUCGGAGCUGGUCGCCGGACCCGAAUGGAAAACUUUUAUACGCAAGUUCAGCAAGAGAUCAUCAUCAACGAAACAGGGGAAAUUCCAGUAUGAUCCAAUGAGUUACGCGCUCAACUUCGAAGAUGCUCAGGGAGGGCAUAAUCGUGAUUUCGAUGAAGACGAGGAUCGUUUGUUUCGAGAUUUCUCGUCUAGGUACGCCGCUAUUCCGGGAUCUUCCGUUCUAAGAUUUCCGUCGGCGAGCGGCGGCGGAGGCCCCACCUGAGUGGGUUUUCCGACAUUUGCGGCGCUUAAUUUUCGUCGAUUUUUGUCAGAUGCAUCAGAGAGUGGGUUCCAUGUGGAGUAAUGUCUUUUAUGAGAUCGUCAUCAGUGAUGUCACUUUGUGUUGGACUUUUAUUAUGUAUUUUAGAUUCUUUUUUGAAUCUUCAUUA